AUGUUAAUGUGUUGUAAUGCAAAAAGAAUAAAAACGGGUGAAUCCCCCAAUAGAUCAAAAUCAAAACCAAAACAAAGAUCCAGUGAAAUAUGUCCUAAGUUUACUAAGGAAAGAUGGAUAGAAAUUAUGAAAAAAUCUUUUGAAGAUUAAGGAUAUGCAGAAUUAAGCUAUAAUCUAAGACAUAAUUUUCCUUUAAAUCUAAGAUGUCAAGUUUGGUUUUGGCUUACAGAAAAAGCUAGAAUCAAAAAUUUAUUAUAUUAGAAACUGUAAUUUGAGUCACCAUCAGAAUAAUAAAUUCUUAAGGAUCUUCACAGAAGUUUUAGAUCUAAAAGCAAUUUUAAACGAUUAUCUGGUUCAUCUGAUUCUAGCAAAUCAGAAUAAAAUUCUUAACCAUAAAAAAUUGAUUAAGAGAAAUUAGAUAAAUUAAAAAGGAUUUUAAUUGCAUAUUCCAACUUGGAUAAAGAAGUUAAAUAUGUAUAGGGAAUGAAUUUUAUAGCAUCUUCAAUAUUAGAAUAAUUAGAAUAAGAAGAAUUAUGUUUCAUCAUUUUAAAUCACAUUUUGAAUAUCUAAAAUUAUCGGAAAGGUAGACAUUAUUUUAUUAUUUUUAGUAUUUUUAAUGGAUAUGACAAUCCUUGAAAUUAUUGAUAAGCGGAUUUAAUUUGAAGUUCCUUUAAUCUAUAAUAAAAUGUAAGAAUUUAAAGUCAAGCCCUAAUAUUGUUUUGACUCAUAUAUUUUCUCCUUGUUUUAACUUGUCAGAAAAGAAUUAGCACUUAGAAUUUUAGAUAUUUUCUUGUAUGAAAAAGAAUGUAAAAUAAAAUAAAUACAAAAAAGCCAUUUUGUAGACUGUUAUCAUUUAAUUACUUAAAAUGCAAUAAGUUGAAAUUUUAAAGUGUCAGGAUCAGGAUGAGAUGAUUAUCUAUAUGAGAAAUGAUCUUAUAGAAGAUGCCCUCGAUAAAUUAGAUGAUGGAAAGGAUUAUUUGUCUUAGUUGCUAUCAAUCCAUUUGUGAAUAUGCUAGUUUUGAAAAAUAUACUUAAAAAAAUAUUAUAUUUAAUUUUUCAGUGAG